GUGUCUGCAUUUCUUUGGAGGGGUGGCAGAGUUUGCUGACUUUGUGAGAAUGGACUAGUUAGAAAGCCGAGGAAGCUCAUUUCCACUUCAAGGGGUCGUCUGAAACAUGGUAUCAGCAGGCCUCUCUUGGUCUCGCUCGCUAUGCACUUGCAUGUCUGUGCGCACACACACACACACACACACACACACACACACACACACACACACACACACACACACACACACACACACACACACACACACACACACACACACACACACAAUCUGAUCAUCUCACGUUAACAGAUAUUAAUUCUGUCUCCCCAUCGCCUACUCGCCCAAUGUUUGUUGUACUUGGGGAAAAUGCGCUGAUACAGUUUUUUCCCGCAGACUGAAAAACAGCCAUAAGCUAACAAAAAUGUGGAACUUCAAAGCCCCCUGUGGUGGAGGGUACACAUUAAUGAACACAUCACACACAAACACACACACACACGUAACCUCCUGCAAAUAAUUCAUAUUUCUCUUACAAGUUUAAUUACACUGUGGAGUGUGGAUUGGCACGUUUGAGCAUUAAAAACGUGUGUGUGGGUGUGUUUGCACAGCGCAGACACACGCUAAAAAAAAGUCCCUUUGCAAGCACAAACAGUCAAUACUGUAGUGGCUGAUUAGUAUGAGAAGAGGGGAUGAAUAUUGGAGGAGGACUCUCAAGAGCCACCCAUGAAACAUGAACAGGAUGUCAAAGCAUUUUGUUCCCAUCUCGUUCAUUAGAUUUAACUCAGGCCUGUGGACGCUAACACUUAAUUCACAAUCUCUCUCACACACACACACACACACACACACACACACACACGGAGAGAAAAACUGCACACACCGAAAACAACACUGUUGGAAACAGUUGUAGUUAUUAGAUCAGCGUGUCUGACAUUUUGUCGACAUAAAGUAAUUAAUUUAGCCUUUCUAUUGGGAAAGUCCAAAGAGCCCAAUUAACAUGGCUAAUAUUGCUGCAUCGAGUAAAAACAUCAUUUUUUUUAAUACAGAGGGAAUAUUCAAAUGACUUGCCUUCAUUAUUCAAAUGUAUAAGCAAAGUCAUCACAGGGGAAAGAGACGAGAUGGGAUUCACACUCACUGGAACAAGAAAAUGAUAAUCAAUCUUUUAUUUCUGCAAGCUAAUCAAAUAUUCAGCAUGUGUGCUUUUCCUUUAUCUUGGUUUCACUCAUUUGUAUUAUUUGAAGUUCCAGGGUUUCUCACAUUUGCGUUGUAUUAUUUUCCCAUUAAAGAUUUAGACACUCAGUUCUCUGUGUGUUGGUUGACUUUAGUGUCAUGUUCCGCUGAUAAUAAUUAUCUAAAUUUGGAAAAGUAAUAGUUUUGGAAAUCUUGGCAGCUUGUCCGUAUGAGCCUAGAAGCAUUUUGGAAUUUAAUUGAAAUUAGAUGGUAAGUCAAGGCUUUGCAGAAAGAGGAUAUUUUGACGUUUACAGUCGGUCCAGGACACACUCUCAGACAGCGAGCCAGGCCAAGACUCGCUCCAUUGCCAAAUCCCACGGCUUUGUCGACAACAUGCUGCCGAAAUGGAAUCAGACAAAUAAUAUUCUUAAUUUAGAGAGCAAGGCAGCAGCGAGGGACGGUUUAUAGUUUAUUUGAAUCUGUUUUUAUGGAUUGCUAUUGUGGUGCUGUGUUUUCUAUUGUCACGGCUUGUUCCGAGGUAUUUGUUUUCUAGCAAGCUCAGGGGCCCCACUACUGCACGGCCUCGGCUCUUGGCUCCACUCUCCCACUCGUAUAGCUAUAACAAAGUCAAUAUUACAAAGAGGUAACACAUGUCGAGGUAUGCUUCGGGACUGCCCUGGUGCUGUGAUCCUGGAUUGGGACACACACACACACACACUGAGUAAAAGAAUGCAUGCCUUCGACAGGAGGAUGCCUACCUCCAUGAAGAAAACUGUAUCCCACUUUUUUUUUUUUUUUUUUUUAUCUCUUGGCAAAUUUGCUCUCAAGUUGAAGACGGUAUUUUGGCUUCCACAUAUGUGAAAUUGUUCAUGUGUGUAGGAGUGUGUGUGAACUUCUCUUCCAACACUGUUCUGUGUGAGCACAAAGUACUUGUUGGUGUCUGUGCGUGCACAUACACAUACAUUUUGACUCUAUGUGUGUGUGUGUGUGUGUGUGUGUGUGUGUGUGUGUCUGUGAGGGCCAGUUUGUUUUGUUUUUCCCUUACUUCAGCACAUCUGAGAGAGCUUUUCUGGAACUCCUGAGCCCUGUCCAAACAAAGAUGGCCGAAUGUGAGGGAUGGAGGGGAGGUGGAUCAGGGCGUCCGUGUACAUGUGUGUCUAUGUGUGUCUGUGUCUAUGUGUGUGUGUGUGUGUGUGUGUGUGUGUGUGUGUGUGUGUGUUUGUGAUUUUUCAAGUAAGCUGGGACCAGAAGGGCCUUGCGAAAAACCAUGAGGAGGGAGCGAAAACCGAGCCCCUGAGAAAGGCAGCUGGAAACACGGAGACUUGUGGUCUCCUCCCCCUCAUCCCCCACCUCUCUCCCUCUCUCUCUCUCUCUCUGGUCCAGCUGCACUCAGAUGUGUCUGCCUGGCUCCCCAACCCUCCCCACCCUCCCCUGAAUUCCUCCCCCCUUCACCCCUGCGCUCCCAAACUCAAUGCCACUGCCAAGGAGAGAGAGAGAGAGGGAGAGAGAGAAAGAGGGAGAGUGUCGCAGCUGGUAAUACUUACUGGCCAUUUUACCGUGGUAAAGGCAUGAGAUUCAUUAGGCCAGGGCCCGCGUGUUUUCUGCUGAGUACCGGCCGUGUUAUUGUUAGGAUGUGGUAAAAUUAUAAAUAUGGAGGAGGUGAGGCGGGGGGUUUGGGGUGUGCAGGAAUCUUAGUGGAAGUUUUAAAGAGGAGGCGGGGGGAAGAGGAGAAACAUGCCACUCAUUAACUCCUCUGCCACAGUCUUGUUCCUCAUGAUUGGGUGGCAAUAAAAGAGUCUGUCACAAUUUGUCAAAGUUAAUGACUCAAUGGCACACAAGCACUCAAGGGCUGGAAGACACGCUAACAUAUGUCGAAUUAGUCAAUAGCUUUAUAAUUGCAGGAAUAAGGAUUCCGGCUUCAGCCAAAUGAAGCGGACUUACAGGGUCCUGAGAGGGAGUUUGCAAUUUGGUCAGGUCGAUUGCAGAAUGGCAAUCACCAUGGCUUGGCCCUGCUUUCCUCACGCAAUUGUGAGUUUCUUUCUUUUGCUUUCUUCGUCCCCUUUCUCUCCUCCCACCUGUCUGAGCUGCUCCGUGUCUUCUUUGUGACCUGUGACUCGGGAACAGCGUCUAGGCUCCACUUCAGCUCCUCUAUCUCUGAACUUUGUAAGACUGAUAAAGGCCAAACAACCAUAUGGACUUUCCUUUAAUCUGCCGUCUGCCUUCUCCCUCCCUUUUCUCUCUCUCUCUCUCUGUCUCUUUCUCUCUCUCUCUCUCUCUCUGUCCCACACACACACAUUCUCUGAAAUCAUGCAAAGACACUCCUCACUCUUCCCCUUAUUGUGUGGCUUUGGGAGUGACACUCUUGUCAUUGCUGUCAUGAAGCCAUUGCUUAAACACUCUCCCUGUCUCUCCCUCCCCCUCUCGGUUAUUUGCUGACUGAGUCUGUAAAUACUAAUAAAAAGUAGCAGCCUUUUUUUUUUUUGGAAUUGUGUAUCAAAAGGGGGAACUAUCGAAUCAGGAGCACUCAUCACAAAUGCUGGCUAAGGCCAUUCGCUGCACACUGGUGAACUGCACAUGUGAGUGUUUCCAGCCCGGGAAGAUUCACCUAAGAACAUGUGACCAGUGCAAACACGGCUGGGUAGCUCACGCUCUGGACAAGCUUAGCACCCAGCACCUGUACCACCCUACGCAGGUAGAGAUAGUUCAGUGCAACGUGGUGUUCGACAUCAGCAGCCUGAUGCUAUACGGGACCCAGGCCGUACCCGUGAGGCUCAAGAUUCUACUCGAUCGCCUUUUCUCCGUGCUGAAGCAGGAAGAGGUGCUGCACAUCCUGCACGGCCUGGGCUGGACCCUCCGAGACUACGUCAGGGGCUACAUACUGCAGGAUGCUGCAGGCAAGGUGCUGGACCGCUGGACCAUCAUGUCCCGAGAAGAAGAGAUCAUCACCCUGCAGCAGUUCUUGCGCUUUGGUGAGACCAAGUCCAUUGUGGAACUGAUGGCCAUUCAGGAGAAGGAAGGUCAAGCGGUUACUGUUCCCUCCUCCAAGACAGACUCUGGGAUUAGGACAUUCAUUGAAAGCAACAACAGAGCACGCAGCCCUGGGCUCUUGACACAUCUAGAAAACAGUAGCCCAUCCAGUAUUCACCAUUUUGAGAAUAUCCCCAACAGUUUAGCAUUCCUCCUGCCCUUCCAAUACAUCAACCCAGUCUCUGCCCCUAUGCUUGGCUUGCCUCCCAAUGGCCUGCCUAUGGAACAGUCUGCUCUCCGGCUCCGUGAGCCGAGCCUGCCAAAUCAAGGUGAACAGCUGGAGACCAGUGAAUCAGAAGUGUCCCUGUCACCCUUCCGCACAGGACAGAGCCCCAGCCGUGGAGCCCUGGGAGGGAUGAACAACAACAUUGAGCCCAAGACAGAGCCCAACAACCGGGCAUCUCCCAUCUCACCAACCCCUUCAACCCAGCAGGCUCAACAACAGCAGCAACAGCAGACACAGCUACAGCAGCAGCAGCAGGGCCAACACCAGUCCCAAAAUCAACCUCAACAAAACAGUUUGAGUGAUCACCAGGUCCACCACCAUUUUGUAAAGGACGAGCACUCUAAAUCAAUCUCUCAUGCAUCCUUUUCCUCUAAGAUGCAUCGCAUGCGCAGAAUGGGAUCAACCUCACGCAAGGGUCGUGUGUGCUGCAACUCUUGUGGCAAAACCUUUUAUGACAAAGGUACCCUUAAGAUACAUUAUAAUGCUGUACACUUGAAGAUUAAACACCGUUGCACCAUUGAAGGCUGUAAUAUGGUUUUCAGCUCACUACGCAGCCGCAAUCGACACAGUGCCAAUCCCAAUCCAAGGUUGCAUAUGCCCAUGUUGCGCAAUAACCGUGACAAGGACCUAAUCCGUUCCAAUUCAGCCCCUGGUACACCUGUCAUUUCAAGCACCAAGAACGGUGGCUUUACACUCACCAGCCCUGGAAGACCACCACUUGGAUUCAGUACUCCACCAGUUGACCCUAUGCUUCAAUCACCCCUGCAAAGCCCACUGAUGUUCCCCACCCUGAAGUCAGUACAGCCAGUCCAGCCCGUGCCCCCCUUCUACCGUACACUACUGUCCCCUGCAGACCUCGUCAGUCCCCCAGUGUCACUACCCACUAGCCCUAUUCUGCCCACUACCACCAACAGUACAUCCCUGAUGGACCAACAACAACACAUCUUGGCUGCUGUGGCUUCACACAAUAAUGUUCAUGUAUCAGACGUAGGACCCAUGUCCCACCGCUUACAUACAUCUAGUGCCAAUCACGAUUUCACAACUGGCAUAAGUGACCCUACACCCAAAAAGAAGCCUCGUAAAUCGAGCAUGCCAGUGAAAAUUGAGAAGGAAGUAAUUGAUGUUGCAGAUGAAUAUGACGACAAAGACGAUGAUGACGACUGUCACCUCCACCAUAACCACCAUAAUCACCAAUCAUCGAUCCUUCACAACAAUGUCAAAAUGAAUGGCAACUGCAACAGCAACAACAACAGUGGUGUUGGUAAUCACAGUGGUGGCAGUGGGCAACAAUCCCCUUCCCAGGAUGAGAUGAGCCCUGGCCUAGUUAUGAGAGGCACAAUGAGACAGAGUGAAGAUGAAUGCAGGGAAGGGACCGGUAGUGACAGUAGGGGUGGAAAUGAUCUACAAGGCUCUAGCGAGCUACGAUGUAUGGACAGUUUCACCUCUGAGGACCAGGACCAUGAGAGAGACUUUGAGAACGAAUCUGAAACUUCUGAUUCCAAGAUGUUCUUCCGUGAUGAGUUGAUAGAUGUGGAUGAGCAGCAAAAACACAUCAGGGGCAGAAGGGGUCUGGACCCUGAACAGGACGAUGAGGGUGGUGAGGAGGCCAAUUUGAGAAAGGAAAUGGAAGGAAAGGGUCAUUCCUCCCCUCAUCAGCCCCCGAUCAAGAUCAAAGAAGAACUUAAUGACCCUACGUAUGAUAUGUUCUGCAUGGGCCAAUAUGGCCUCUACAAUGGUGGCAUGGCAGCAGCUGCUGCUGCUGCUGCAAGCAUGGCUGCUCUUCACGAGAGCUUCAUCUCUUCAAUGGGCUAUGGUGCCAGUCCGCCAAAAUUUCCUUCUUCUCAAUCACCAGAGGGAGACCCAUGCUCAAGUCCUGAUCCCAAAAUUUGCUAUGUUUGUAAGAAGAGCUUCAAGAGCUCAUAUAGCAUGAAACUACACUACAAGAAUGUGCACCUCAAAGAGAUGCAUGUGUGCACUGUGGCUGGCUGCAACGCGGCCUUUCCUUCCCGGCGAAGCCGUGACAGGCACAGCUCCAACAUCAACCUGCACCGCAAACUGCUGACCAAAGAGCUGGACGAUAUUGUCCUGGACCCCCAACUCACGCCACUGCCCAAGGACCUGCGAGCCGAGUUACUUGCAAAGAUCUAUGCCGGGCACCACAUGGGCAUGGACCCUAUGGCCAGGAUGGGCAUGGGAGGCGCCAGCCUCGGGCCCACUGGCCUGAACCACCAUGUCCGUUCCCCAAUGACCAUCGACUACCCCCACCACCCUCUCAACCAAAACCUUAGAUACCACCACACAAAUGGCUUCUCCCGAGGCCAGCCAGAGGACUACAUGGUAUUGGACCUGAGCACCACAUCCAGUGUUCAAUCCAGCAGCAGUAUCCACUCCUCCCAUGAGUCAGACGAGGGCAGCGAUGAGGGCAUCCUGUUGGAUGACCUGGAGGGGGAAGAGGGAGAGGAGGAGGAGGAGGAGGGCAACAGUGCGGGGGAGGACUGCUCCCAGCGAGCUGAAGGGCGGGCUGAAGGGAGGAAUCUGGAUGAGACUGGAGAGCUAAGAGGAGAUGGACAAGGUGAGGGGAUGGAAACUUCCUCCUCACCAUUCCUCCUUUCAUCCACCGGGGGCAAUAUUGGCAGCGGUGGGAUCCUCUGCAACAUCUGCCACAAAAUGUACAGCAACAAAGGGACUCUGCGUGUGCACUACAAGACUGUGCACUUGCGCGAGAUGCACAAGUGUAAAAUCCCCGGUUGUAACAUGGUGUUUAGCUCUGUGCGCAGCCGUAACCGACACUCUCAGAACCCCAACCUCCAUAAAAACAUGCCCUUCUCCACAAUAAUAGACUGAAUAAUGACUUGUUACUCUACCCUGCUGUCAGUCUGCCUGCUCCUCCCUUCAUUCCUCAUCCUUAUUCCUCCUCAAAUUAGCUUUUAACCCCAGCCCAGGGCCAUGAAAUACAAGCUCAAUGCCUGUGUACCUCCUGCCCGCCCUCAAUAAAUCAUAGCAAGACGUUUCUAUGUCCCUCUAUUAAAUUCAUUGACUGUAAUUACAGUUUAAUAUUGUGACAUUUGACUUUUCCUUCUUUGGAAGAACAGGACGAACACGCUCUUAAGCAUGGAGUUUCCUUUAUUACAAAACUCCACUUCUGUUUUGUUUUUUUCAUAAGCCCCUCCACCUUUCCUUUCAAACGUCUCCCCACUUUGUUUUGAUGUCCGUCUACAAAGAAUCUAUUCAAACUCUUUUUUGUGACUUUGCCUGCAGAAAUGAUAGUAUUGAGAAAAAAAAAGAAAAUCUUCUUGUUGUAUUUGUGUAAUGAUAGCUUUUAAAUGAACCCCUUACAAAAGCAUGACAGCUUCAUUUGUAAAUAAUGUCCCAAGAGGCUUUCGGUGUAAAAGAGUUGUGUUGAUGGUUGUUUGCUUCUUUUUUUCUCUCCUCUUUAUGGUUUUAUGUUACAGUCCAGUACAACACUUCCAGCUAUAGGCAAGAAAGAGGUAGCAUCGUACUAGCUUUAUUCAUUUAUGUUAGCUUCAAAGACACGUUUUAAACUGAGUCCUAGGGAAAAAAAGAAUAUCAUGUGGCUUGUUUUAUCUACUUGUUAGAUAUCCAGAGGUUGCCGGCAUGCUUUUUUAGGCUCCUACACUGAUAUCAUUCUCUGUAUUUCUAUUGAUUUUUGUUAGUUUGUUAUGUUUAUGAGCUUUAGUAUACGAUUUCAGUUUUUGCACUUUGCAUCUAUACAAGGGGAUGUGUAAUAUUAUUAUAAUGAGGACUUUUGCAAUGGUAAGUUUAGGUGUUGUUUAGGGUCAUCGAUGGCUACAGUGCCAAGGGAAAUGUCAGUAUCUUCACCAUACUUGUGCCAGUUUCUUUUUGCACGCCAAACACAGUUUUGACAACAUAAAAUCCUCUUGCCUCCCUGAACAAAAACCCCAAAUCUUUCCCUAUCGCCAAACAACAAGUUUAUCAAAUGUCUCCAAAGUGUCUUGUUUUGUAACAAAGCCAAGUGUGACUGAUUAUAAACUGCUGUUUCACAAACACAGAGGAGUUAAACAUUCAUAAAAGUCUCUCCUUUUUCUACUUUGGGAAAUGACUUAUGUAUUGUUGCCAGUUAUGAUAACAAUAUUGACUUCACACAUUCAGUGGGGUAAUCUGUGUAAAGCAUGACAUUAUUGUGACAUUGUCAAACAAAGUUACAGAUGCAAGUUACAGAUGCACUUAUGUUCGUUCUCAGAAAAAAAGCAUCUUAGUGAAACAAAGCUGUCCCAUAGAUUUGAAAGAAAAAAAGAUGAAAGUAGUCCUUCAACUGUGACCAAAACAAGAGUGUUUUUAGUGUGACCUUGUACUUAAAUCUGACCUAUUGGAUUAAUAUGAUGCACUUGAGUCUUAAAUAUUUUGUUGUGAUAUUUUCAGUAUUGGUUUCCAAUGCUUACUGUCGGCUACAAAUGUACUCUACAAUAAUGUAGGGUUUUUUUGUUGGCCGUUAGUCAAAGCCAUUUUGUCCAUGAUUCUCGCGGUACAAAUAUUUCCAGUAACUGGGCAAAGUAGCCGAGGGAAGGGGUAUUUAUUGGUAGGUGAUGUAUCUUCAUGAAGACGUUUUUGUCCAGUAUAAGAAUUUUUUUUUUUGUAAAAAGAUACAAAAUAGAGUUUGUUUUUUUCCCACAGUUUGACUUCUUUAUCAUGUAUGAACAAUGUCAUGUGUUACAAAACAAGGAGAUCUUCUCUUACUUGACUGGUGCUACACACAGAGGGAAAAAUAUGCAGUGAUAUGUGGUGUGCUGUACAGUAUUCAAAAACACCUUAGAUCCAUAACAGUGUUCACUUCCAUUUGUUUCAUACUUAAGCCAUUUUGCAAUAUAGACAUGACCUAUUCUAGUGAAAUAUGUCAUGUCUUUUUUUUAAGACUCCUCCACCUCAAUGACACAUGCAGUUUUCAGUCUUCUGUUCUUUGAGAUAAAAUGAGCGAAGCAGAGAAGUGAGGCUGAUGGAAAGGUUGCGGAGGUGGAAGGCUGACUAGGGAGGAAAGGAUGACAGCAAGGAUCAUUAAAAAUGUGCUGCUUCUCUGUUACCUGGAGGCGUCCCUGCCAUUCCAGCUUCUUCUGUCGAAUAACUCACUUGUCACUUCGUUACACUGCAAGACGCUAAGGUUGCUGACAAGACUGUGACACUGACAGAGAAAAAGGAGAGAGAUUGUGUGCUCUGAGCAAUUCAAUUACACACGUUCAGUUAAAUUCAAAUUAAUGCACAGAUUAAAUUUCUACAUGUGCUUUAUCUUAAAGCAGCCGCUGAUAAUUCAAUUCCUUUCUCCCACUCUGUUUCUUUUUUGUCUGUCAGAGCACAGUCAUUUAACAACCGCCUUACCCAUUUCUUCAACCCGCCACUCACUUACCACCUCCACACCCCACAGCGCAGGUCCUACAGGGACACACACUAAUAGUGUAUGCUUAAGUUCACCGGACGGCCAUGGCAUAGGAAAAAGGGAUGGGUAAUUGCCUGUUUAUCCCAAGUGAAGGGAAAAUUGAGUACAGGAACCCCUGCCUUCUCCCAGGAGUGGGUUUCACUGAGGCGCUUGCUGCCUCAUUCACUCAUUCAAUCCCCCCGGCCCUCGCUCUGGCAGAAAUAAAAAAGUGCUACUCCAGGAACCCCGCUGACAGCUGUCUCUCCAACACACGCACAAACACACACACGCAAACACACACACACACACACACGCAUCAUGAGGAGGACCGUGACGCUCACUCACAUGUGUGCUUCCUACUUACAGGCCAGAAGGACGACAAGAUCUAGAUGACUUGUUAACCUCUAGUGAUGGAGAAGGCAGAGACAAAUCUAGAGUAUUCUCACCACAGGAAAUUAAACUCUCAUUCUAGCAUUAACAUUAUAGCUGCUGCCACGACAGAGAAAUCUAACAUUCCAUCAUUGAGAGUGGUGAGAGGAAGCACUGAGUCAGACAUGGGAAGGUGAAGCUCUCAUUACUAUUUCAUAUUAUAAAUCCUAACAUGAUUAAAGCUAAUUAUUAUUACACACACUUAUCAAAGACGACAUCAACAGAUUAAGAAGUAACUGUAUUUAAAGGGUUAGUUUGAGCACUCUAGAAAUAAGCGAGCUGUUCCACA